GCCUCAUGGGGCCCUGGUGCAAAAUGUGCACCCUGCCUCCCUUCCCCCCUUUGCACAGCACCCUUCUUGUUCUUGCGACACUGCAGUAGAGCAUGUCUGGGAGGAGGACAGCCCAUAGUUCAGUGGUACCUUUCUGUCGCUGCCUCUUGCCUUCAUUAGCCCAUGUUUUACCCCCAAUGUGUACUCACUCCUUUUCUACACCAUUUCUAUAAUCCUCUCUUUUCUUACAUGCUCCCCCCUUUUCGUCUGUUAGAUCCCGCCCAUAUUCCCAGCAGCCUCCAAUCACAUGACAUAAAUAAGCAGCAGCACAUUGUGAAGAUCAGCUGGAGGGCCCUUGAUCUAAUAUGAGAGUAGAAGACAAUACAUUACACCCAACACAGUCCCACAAAUACCCCUGAGAUGUUUGGGGCCCCGGAACAAGUUGUAUAGACUCGUAAGGCCCCGCCCACACGCACACCCCUCGGUGUUGGAGGUUUCGGUUUCGCUUUCCCAGCGGACAGUUCGGCCAUGGAGGAGCAAGAGGAGUGUCGGGUGCUGAGGCUCCAGCCCAAGGAUCUUUCUUGCAUCAUCUGUUUCAGCCAUUACAACUGCCCAUGCACCUUGCCUUGUGGCCACACGUUUUGCCGCCAAUGCAUCCUGAAGUGCUGGGACCCCGGGAGCCGAUACAACUGCCCAAUAUGCCAGGUGACAUUUGCCAGCAAGCCCCAGCUGAAUAAGAACACUGUCCUUGCCUCAUUGCUCGACUCCCUGCACUCCCAGACUCCUACAAGUCACCAGAACUGCCCCAGUUGUACUGGCACCGGGGCCCUCCAGCUUUGUCUCCCCUGCUCCGCACCUCUCUGCUCCGAACACCUGCCUCUGCACCUCCACGACCCUACUCGCCGCCGCCACCUGUUGGUCACUCUGCCGACUGCAACCUGGCCCUGCCGCGAUCAUCCUCAGGCUUUCCAGUUCUACUGUGUGUCUCACUGCGCCCCCGUGUGUCCGGACUGUAAAUUGCAGUACCACAGUCAGUGCGAGGCUUUGCCAACCCUACUGGAGCGCUACAGGCGCAUGGAGGAGACAACAGAGAAGAUGAUUAGGGAUUUCAGCAGAGACAUUGCCAGUAUGGAGGAGUUGGCUUCCAGCAGACAGAACGCUUAUCGGGAAACACAGAUCCUAAGUUGUGAUAUCAAAGACAAUCUGACCAGGGAUUUCCAGGAAAUGCGAGAUUACCUGGAGAGGCAGGAACGUGCUGCCUUCUGGAGGAUUCGGCAGGAACAGGACGCCGCACACAGGAAAAUGCUGGACAGUGUUGCUCACAUCACUGAGGAGAUCCAGAAGUUAAGGGAGAAGAAAGUGCAUCUGGAGGAGAAGCUGCACAGCGAUUGGUUGGAGCUAUUAAAGAGUGACAAUGUGCAGGGCAACAUGUCUAAGAGUGUCACCCAUCACCCUUGCUCCCUGAGGGAACCCCAGUGUCUGUUUGAUGAAAACAGGAUUGUGGACACCACCCAGGUGAUAUCGGAGAUGAAGUUAAGUCUCUUGGCCCACCAACUGCUGGAACAAGCCCCCUGCCCUCCCAAAAAAGAAGAGCCAUUUGGGGUACCCAGCGAGGCACCAGCUGAAGUGCAACCCCCCAUGCCCAGCCCACCGGCGAUAGCCCCCCGGAAACUGCUGCAGUGGGCCCAUGAAGUGUCCUUUGACCCCCAGACAGUGAGCAGCCGUCUUUCUCUCUCCUCUGACAAUAAGACAGUCACUGUGAUGGAAACCAAUAAGCAAUACCCUAAUGGCCCAAAGAGAUUCAGAAAUAGCCAAGUUCUUUGUGCUCAAAGCUUCUCCUCUGAGUGCUGCUACUGGGAGAUCUGUGCCAGGGAAGGUACCAGUUGGGGCAUUGGCGUGGCUUGCGCAGAGAUUGAAACAUCUGAACGCCUUGGCCGAAACCAUUUGUCCUGGUGUGUGGAACAGACUAAGGAAGGCCUGUCAGCCUGGCACAAGAGCCAGAGAAUCAGGCUUUCUGUGGAUAAACCAGAGCUGGUGGGGGUCUUCCUAGACUGUGGGGAAAAGCUCCUUUCCUUCUAUUCCAUCAUAGGGAAUUCUGAGGUUCUGCUCCAUUCCUAUAGGCUAGAUUUCAGCUCCUGCCUCUUCCCGGCAGUUUGGCUCUAUGGCCUGAUACCCGGUACCUCGCUGAGUAUCAGGGACUUGAAAAGCCAGGAGUCAGACUGUUGAGAUCCGUGUCCUUUAGCCCUGAUGGUCUCAUCAGGUGGUACUGGAGUCAACUGUUGGGCAUAAAUUCUCUGCCUGUGGCCUCCUUCUAACUCCCUGCAACCUCUGCCAAAGCACACCAGACCCUUAAUGUUGUAUAACAUCUCCUGCCCUCAUAGGCCCACUUUGAUUGACCACAUCUUACUGCCAGCUUCAGUUGGACAGGGUGGGGACAGUAUAGCAAGAUGGCAUCACAACAUGACUGGGGCUUUAGGCUAAGAUGGCAACAUCAAUGUAAGAUAAGAGCUGCAGGGCAAAAUUAAAGCAAUGUGGCUUGAUGGUGGUAUUGGGGCAAGAUGGCAACAGCUGACAUAAUGGGUGUCAGUAGGGCAAGAUAAAGACAAAUAUUUGUUGUUUGUAACUGUACAAGUCUCAGAACUCUCUGACAGCCAAAGAUUGUAUGCCCCAGGCGCUGCCACUAGAGGGCUGCUGCCUCCCACACAAACAACCUGACUAAUGUACAGGAGACUUCCUUUAGCCCCAUCUUCGGAAUAUCCAAAACCUUUGCAGGUCUGGCCAACCGGAGAUAGCUCAGGGCCCCUCAUAAGUCAAAAGGGCACAGAAGGACAGGGCCAACAUACUACUAGCCGUCCAAGGAGCUGAAAUUCUUAGGGGUAGGCAACAAAAGAGGUACUUUCCGAGCCCCCCUUGCACUGCUGCACCCUAGGCACGUGACUCUCCUGCCCACCCCUAUCCAGGCCUGCCUACAAGUCACGUUGGGCCCUGCCAACAUGCAGAAUGAGGCCCCAAUUAAUAAAUGCCCCAUGCAUGACCAAAUUAGGGGCGGGAGGGAAAUCACGUGAUUUUUUGUCACAAAACAAGGAAGUAAAAUGUUUUUCCCCUUCCCACCACUAACUUGUAUAUGUAAAUUAGGAUUCAGAUUUGGUUCGGUAUUUGGCAAAGGAUUCAGGGGUUCGGCCGAAUCCAAAAAAGUGGAUUCGGUGCAUCCCUAAUAUCAUUAAUAAUUUAAAGGUAAAAUAUGCCUUUUAAAAAAUGAAUAAUAUAUGAAAAAUAUAGAUGAAUAGACCAUCAUAAAUCAUAUGUAAUGUGAUUAUGUGAAUAAAAUGAAUUAAUAAAUAUUAAUAAAUGAUAUAUCUAUUAUAAAUAAACACGUGUACAAUUAAAUUGUGCUUUGGUGUAAUUAAUCAAUAAACAUAUAUUAACAGAAA